CGCACAAUGAAGCUCUCUUUCUCCCCGCCGAGUCUCUUUUUCUUGCUGACCGUCCGGCAUGGACUCCCUCAGCCGACGCCCAAGAGCACCUUCCUCUCCUUCAUGAAGGACACGAACCUCACAUGGUCCGACUUCGCCCCGGCAGAAUACGCCUCGCAUCUCUCUUCAGCCCCACAGCACGACGACAGGCACCGCAACUCUUUCGACUUGCUCCCCCCCGCCCCACUUCUACGAGCGCCCCGGACAGGCCAUGCUGCCAUGAUGCCGCCUACGCCGGACGAUGAGGAGCUCAUACGCAUCCGGCGCCGUGUGUCGGGUUCGCUGAGGUCGCCCAUCCUCUCUCCGAGGCAGCAAGCUGAGGCGGGCUCCGGAGGCGCGGUGAUCAAGGUGGACGACUACGGCGGCGACCCCGAUGGCGUGGCUGACUCGACGGACGCCUUCGAGAAGGCCAUUGCUGCGGCGCUGGAGCACUGGGACGGCACCUACUUGGCCGAGUGAGUUAGUGGGCGUCAUAGUGUUUGGAGUGAUUCGGGUGUCUGUGUGCGUAUAUAUGCAGGGGCAUCAAGAACCUGGGCGGCGUGGUGAUCUCGCUUGACGGCGGCCGGUACAUCGUGUCAAAAUCGGUGGUCAUCCCCCGGGGCUAUGGCAACCUCCACAUGCGCGACGGCACCAUCAAGGCAACAGACACGUUCCCAGCCGAGUGCUAUCUCGUUGCCACCGGCUCCGACGGAUGCAGCGAUGAGGAGGAGAGCUCCGCCGACUUCAACGAGCACCUGUCCUUCUCGAAUUUGAUGCUCGACGGCAGCAACGUCGCGUAUGGCGUGCUGUGGCUCCACCACCUGAUAGGUGGGGUGGUCGGGCCGAGCAACCUGCUGCUGGGGUUCCAGGAGAGAGGCGUCUACAUACGGCUGGGCCACGAGGUGACUGGCAACAGCUUGGUGGCACAUGUGGAUAUCACAUCGACGCCUAGUGUGUCUGUGUGUGUGUGUGUGUGUGUGUGUGUUAGGUGAUAGUUGAGUCGACGUGGAUGGGGCAGUAUCUGUUCUCCGACAAGCGGAAGGCCGAGAACCAGACGGCCACGGCGAUACGCAUCUCGGCCAACGACCAUGUCGUGUCAAACGUGGUAAUAUUCUCCGCCAAGGUCGCAGUGGUGGACAGGUACGGAACGCACGCCGAACGAAGUGUACGCCAUGGACGGAUGGAUGGAUGGAUGUGACUGAUGGGUGUGCGGUGUGUCGACCAUCUGUUGGUUGCCAGGGGUGCGGGGAACACCUUUGUGGGUCUGCACAGCUGGAACGGAUCUGGGACCUGCCUCAGUGAGUGCAGCUAGCUCAUCAUGCUGUGAUGCGAUUGAGACAGUCAGUACCAUGCAGGUGAGGUAUCAUUCAUGUGUGUUGGUUGUGUCGUUGUGUCCCUCCAGUUUCACAAGGAUACAACACGCGCAUCCUGGGGAGGUAGGUCCAUCCAUCGAUGGAUGGCUCAGUCACCUCACCACCACCACCACUCACACACAUGUCUGCCUGUGUGUCUGUGUGUCUGUGUGUCUGUGUGUGUGUGUUUGGUUUGGUGCAGCUACCCUGACUUCAACGACCUCAUACUCAUGAAUCCCUACCACGUCACGGUGACCAACAGCUUCUUUCUCGGCGGGGCGCAGAUCAUUCUAAAGGCCGACAGAGCCGGGGAGGACGGCGACACGAGGAGAGCCCCCACCAUCGAGGUGAGUAAAUGAACAAUGAAUGAGGUCUGCCGCUUCCCUCGUCCAUGCCAUGAUGCUCACCUCACCCCUGUGUGUGUGUGUGUGUGUGUGUGUGUGGUGACUGACAGGGGUUGGUCGUGAGGGCCAACACCUUCGACUUCAGCGACGAGAGCAUCAUGCUGGUGGAGGGCAACUUCGACAGCGUCGAGGACACCUAUAUCGGCGCCAAUGUGGUCUCCAAAAACAUGACGGCCGUCAGCACCUCGUCCGUGCGGCAGCUGCACCUCACCAAUGCCACCAAAUGGGACUUCGACUUCUCCGACGAGCUCUUGUUUCCGAGCAUCCAGCGGGUGCAGUAUUCGCUGGAGCUUGACGACGCGCAGCCGCUGGUGCGGCAUGCGUCGCGGCCGGCCAAGGGCACACACGUGGUUGUCGAGACAGAUGUGCCGGUGAGCGGCACCGUGACGGUGUGGGUGGACCAGAGCAAAAUGUCACAGAUGGGGGGGCUCUCGGCAUGACGGGCUGACAGACUCGAUGACGAGGGAGCGACGGAAGGGGCAUUUGUCAAAGCAAUCAUGCGGUGUGUGGGUGUGCUCUGUGCGUGUGUGGGAGAGGGAAUUCAUAUAUCGACUAGAGAGCGGCUUUAUUCAGGACUCCAUUCACCCACGAGUGGCGCUGACGUGUUGAUUGGGUCAGAGACAGACAGACAGACAGACAGUGACAGUGACAGUGACAGUGAGGUGUAUGAGAAUGUGAGACUCUUUAUUAGGUCACGAACGCGCACAGGGCCAUGCACAUCACAUCAAUGCACACAUGGAUGGACGGAGGGACCGACGGGUGGACGCAAGGAUGUUCUGAUUAGCGACAUG